AUGUCGGCGGUUAUGAUAACGCGAAAAGUCCGAAAAUGGGAGAAGCUCCCGGGAAAGAACACCUUCUGCUGUGACGGCCGAGUGAUGAUGGCCCGACAGAAAGGAGUCUUCUAUCUGACCCUGUUCCUCAUCGUCGGGACCUGCGCUCUCUUCUUUGCCUUCGAGUGCCCCUACCUGGCUGUUCAUCUGUCUCCUACUGUCCCAGUUUUUGCUGCUCUGCUCUUCAUCUUUGUCAUGGCAAUGCUGCUGAGGACCAGUUUCAGUGACCCCGGGGUGCUGCCACGGGCCCUUCCAGAGGAAGCCACAUUCAUUGAAAUGGAAAUAGAGGCUUCCAAUGGGAACGUCCCCGCAGGGCAGCGACCCCCGCCUCGAAUCCGCAAUGUUCAGAUCAACAACCAGAUCGUCAAGCUCAAGUACUGCUACACCUGUAAGAUCUUCCGACCACCUCGUGCGUCUCACUGUAGCAUCUGUGACAACUGUGUUGACCGUUUUGAUCAUCACUGUCCAUGGGUGGGCAACUGUGUAGGCAAGAGGAACUACCGGUACUUCUAUCUGUUCACCUUGUCCCUGUCCCUGCUCACCAUUUAUAUCUUCACCUUUGACAUUGUCCACGUGGUUAUGCGUUCUGUGGGUAGUGGCUUUUUGAACACUUUAAAGGAAACACCUGGAACUGUACUGGAGGUUUUGGUUUGUUUCUUCACCCUGUGGUCAGUGGUGGGUCUGACUGGCUUCCACACCUACCUGAUCUCUCUCAACCAGACUACCAAUGAGGAUAUCAAAGGUUCAUGGUCGGGGAAGAACAGAGUCCAGAACCCUUACAGUCACAAGAACAUUAUCAAAAACUGCUGUGAGGUUCUCUGUGGGCCCACGUAUCCAAGUGUCUUGGACAGAAGAGGACUAAUGCAGGAUGAGUUGCUUGAUUCUGCAGUUUCUGCAACACCAUCCGGUAGCAGCCCAGUGCCACAAACCACGAAAACCACAGCGCCACUCAUUCCCAAUGAACACACACCUGAUGAUGCUAUGCCAAACCUUGCUGACGCAACAGAGAAGAUCCAUUCUUCCAAAGAGGAGGAUUCUCCUGCUCCGAAACUCCCGCCCCUGGCGUCACCUGAGACUGAUGCCGAAACAUCCAUCGCUAAGGACAAGACCAAUUAGCUGCAUGAGAGGGAGACUUCAAUCAUGGCUCUCCCACCCCAUCCUGCUCAGCCAGGAACUUAGAACGUUUAAGAAUCAAUAUCUCAUUGCUGUGUGAGUUGACUCAUCCAUUUCUGCCACACAGUCCAGCAGAAAUGUGGAGUUACUCCUGCAGCUCCUCUUCCUCCCAUUUCACCCUCACCAGUAUCUCCAGAGCGGUUUGACUGACAAUUGAUUUAAUGGAAACUCAGCAGCUUUUCCUUCAUAUCCGGAACACUGCAUGGAAAAGACGGACGAGGGACGAAGCUGCAGAAAACAAACCUACUGCAGGUCGUCUCUGGAUUGCCAGUACUACAUUUUGUUAUAUGUAAAAAUUACAUUAAAUCAUUUGUAGUUGGUCGGAGAGGGAUGGGAGCGGGGGAGCAGUUUGCAUAUUAGCAAAUAUGUGAUGUGACCAUUUUAUUUCCAGACACGUAUAAAAUGCCAUGCACACAGUAUGCUCCGUUUUCAGUUUAACAACUGCACACAUUGCACGCCCUAUGCAAAUAAUGAGAAAGCAGUUAUUGUUCAGUGCAGAUACUAAGUGAACGACAAAGUACACAGCGAUGUCUGGGCAGGUGAACAAAUGCAAAUCCUCAGCCGAGAUAAAAAAGUGACUUGUCUUUUCUC